UGCUCACUUCCGGCAAAAUGGCGACUAUUUACAUGAGCGACAGCGUGACAACGAAAUAAUGUUGAAUGAAUGACAUCUGCCAGAGAGACUGCUAAAGUAUUUACAGGAAAUCAAGUGAUAUCACAGAAGGAGUAGAAGAUUGAUCAGUCAAGAUGUCGUCUAAAACGUAUGAUCCCCGUAAAUUUGAGUUUGUGGCAAGGAUGGGUCGAAUUGUUGUGCCAAACCAGAAUUCCAAGACACAAGAGCCGAUCCCUGUGACAUUCCGCAUCCCUGAGCCCCCACAACAGGAACUGGUGCAAGAUGUUCUCCUUGGCCGGAACAUGAGGGCAGCUCCCUUUGGGAAACCCAUUGACGUGUCCAUUAAUCUGGAUGACUUUAUACAAGAUCUUCCACGUCAUAGAUGCAGCCUUGAGGACAAUGUACAUGAUGAUGGCUCGACAAGAAAAACGAUGCUUAAGGAAAUGAUGGAGAGUCGAGCAAGGAUCCAAAAGAAACGAGAAGCACAAAUGCAUGCCCAACAGCUGGUGAAUGAAGCUCUGCUACAGAGCGAGUUGAGGGCGUCAAGGAAGCGUGAAGACAUGUUGCAGAAUAUCAUGACCAAACUUGACGAAGGGGAAAACAGAUCCGGGGCGAACCUGAAUAAUGCCGAAAUAUUUGAGGAGGGUACACCACCGGAACUGAAGGAGUACAUUCAGGAAGAACUUCAACGUCUUGUUCCUAUUUUCAAAGAAGGUGAAACAUAGAAUUUCUUGUUUAUCAAUGGAUUUGGAGUCCAGUAGCCAUUAGGACCAUGUUCCUGGUAUGUAGUGUAUUUGACAUUGCAGGUUAGAGAACUAGGGGGGAAUGAUCAGCCAAAGAUCAGAUGAUGCAGUGAUGAUACAAGCUAUAUAUAUAUAUACAUCAGAGCACGGGUUACAUGGUAUGAAAAUAUAUUGUAAGAUACUAUCCGAUGUCUGUGCAAAUUUUCAAGCCAUUAUGUGAUAUAUUCAACUUAUAAGAUGUGUCUUGUGUUUGGGCCUCUGUCCUAUUGAUAAUGGAAUAUGGCUUUUGACAUGGCUAGUGUCAAAUAUGGUAUUGUGUAUGAUACAACAAAUUUAGUGUUGAGGCACAUAUAACGCAACGAAAUAUAGCAAUACUCCCCUGCAGGCAACCGGAGAAGAAACAUGUUUUCCCUUGUACAACAUUCCGAAAAUAAUCCUUCCACUCAGGAUUCAUUAUCAGCUUCAACUCCAGGGAUUGGUUAAGGUGAAGAAAGGGCAGAUAACAUAGUUGAUUUGAUAUAGAAAUUACUAUACCGUAUUCGACGUAAUAAGCGCCUGAAAUGUUUAUGUACGACAGAUAUAUUUUUCCAGAAUUUAAUUGCCCAUAAUUAAGUGUGCAUAUAACACAUGAGUGCGUAUUAUACGCAAAUAUAUAAGUCUUGUGUACAUUGAUCAAUCGGAAGGGGUGCUAAUUAGGAUUGUUCACUGGCCAAUAUAUUAGCAAAUAUCGCCGUGGGUGCUUAUUAGAGCGGGGCGCUUAUUACGACAAAUCUACAUGUUUUAGCGUAGGUAUGAAUAAUAGAGAAUUGAUCAAUGAUGUUUCCACAUACUGGGUUAUUCUAGAGUUCAACUGUUUGCCAGUUUGAGAGACUCGGUCUUACUCUUCAAUGGUCCAAGAGAAAGUGUUUGUUUCGUCCCUAUUGUAUUUAUCUGUAGCAAUGGUACCUAGUGCAAUAGGUACCAGUAGUAUAUGUUAGACCGCUCACCAGUAUAUGCCUAUACUAUAUCGUGUAUAUCAAAUACUUUACUAUGUGAAUAUUAUUAAUAAACAUGCUGAACGAGUGGGAAUAUUUGUGCUUUCCAACAGGAAUUUGUACUAGCCCCGGGCUAGCGGGCUAGUGUUAAUUUCUAACCCUGUUACACAAAAAUAAACAGAUAGCAAUUUUUUAUGUGUGCGAAAAUUUGGGAAUUGACAAUAAGGAAAGAAUGAACCAUUCUCAAAAUUAACAUUUUUGUACUUUAAACCCUAGUAACCAUGAUUUGCCAAACAACAUCCAUUAUUUGAUGUUGGGAACAUGGGUAUGUCAUUAUUAUUUAUGUAUUGUACCUGUAUCGCAUGGAAUGUCCAGCACGUUCACCACAAUGAAAUACUUGUCAUGCUGUCAACCCACAUUUACCGUGGAUUAGUAAACUUGGAUAUCCACUUUUUGUACUUGUAUAGGUAGUCUGUGUGUUAGUGAUACAUAUGAGUUUUGUCCAGCUUCCAUUUACAUAUUUUGAGAAGAUAAAACUUUUCCUUCAUGAAGCCCACCUUACAUGUUCCUUGGCUGUAAUAUAGUGAUGUCAUCUUUAAUCCCAGUAUUGAUGUAUUGAGACACUUGUGCACACAGUCGGUGUGACAAUACUGGGGUGUCCUGAUGAGACACUUGUGCACACAGUCGGUGUGACAAUACUAGGGUGUCCUGAUUCAUCCCAGUAUUGAUGUAUUGAGACACUUGUGCCCGAAAUCGGUGUGACAAUACUAGGGUGUCCUGAUUCAUCCCAGUAUUGAUGUAUUGAGACACUUGUGCCCACAAUCGGUGUGACAAUACUAGGGUGUCCUGAUUCAUCCCAGUAUUGAUGUACUGAGAUGCAGUAUUGAUGUAUUGAGACACUACAUAUGUAACACUACAAUAUAUGAUCAUCAUUGUGCCUGGAGAUUCCUCAACAGACUCGGACACAUCAUGUGAUGCCUUCAAUGUCAACUGAUCAGUUCAUGUCUGAGCUGAUUGUCAGUCUGUGUAAUUAUGUAAUCCACAGCAGGGAUUGUUGUUCAUCCAGUGAAUUGUUAGGUCUAGGUUUGAUUUCAUACAGGAUGCUUAGUUUGCUCCUUGGUAGCUAAAUUUUAAUAACUUAUUAGGAUGUUCAGUCAGGCUGGCUCAGAAUCUGCCUGUCUGUGGAUUCCACUUAAAUUUAAAAAUAAUAAAUUAUUCAUUCAGGUCUCUGUGUGAAAACAGUUCAAUAGUUGUAAGUCCUCAGUGUGUGCUCAGCAACCGCUCGAGGGGAGUGAGGGAUGGGAAAUAUUGAUGAUGAUUGAUUUCAUAUUUUGCCUUAGGGUUUACUGACUAUACGCCUUAUAUGGAAAUAUCACUUUAAGGAGAUUCCUGUAACCGUCUUGUUCAAUGUGUCCACAGAAAUGUCACUGAGUUCAGGAUAUUGUCUGUGGAUUGUAACCAUUGCUACCCUAUAUUGUAACUGCAUGUCUUUCUCGGAUGUACUUUUUUUACAUCCUAUGUAUGAUAAAUAACGAUUUUGCUUUUGCAAGUUAUACUCUGUUUUGUGACGAAGAAUUGCAUUUUUCAAUUUGCUACCCUCCACUUACAUCUUACAUGUUUAAUGAGGUGAAUAAUUGUCCUGCCUUUGCUUGUGUUACAUUCUGUUAGAGUGUGUUACAUUCAACAGUUACAUUGUUUAUGUGAUAACAUUUUAUUUCUGCUUUUAUAGUUUUUAGUCA